AUGUCUUGGAGCACGAGGCUGUCACACAGUGACUAUCUUAUGGGAUGGGUUUGCGCGCUGCCCUUGGAAAUGGCAGCCGCCUCGGUGAUGCUUGAAGAAGUUCACCAGCCCCUGCCACAGUCACCGAAUGACAGCAAUACCUAUACGCUAGGGAGGAUUGGCAACCAUAACGUUGCGAUCGCCUGCCUUCCAACUGGGAUAUACGGAGUCAUCUCAGCUACUGCGAGUGUUGUGCAGAUGCGUUUUACCUUCCCCCAAAUCCAGUCAGCGCUGAUGGUCGGCAUUGGAGGCGGGGCUCCAACCCCGGAUGUCGAUAUUCGGCUAGGGGAUGUGGUGGUCAGCAAGCCGACUGGCACCUCAGGGGGAGUAAUACAGUAUGACUAUGGCAAAACGACGACUGGUGGGCAGUUAGAACGAGUCGGAAGUCUAGAUAAACCGCCAAUCUUAUUUCUCACGGCAGUUGCCCAGUUGCAAGCAAAGUACAUGAUUGGAAAGGGGCAAAUCGCACACAUUGUGUCGAAAAAAUUGGAAGAAAACGAGGGAAUGAGAAGCACGUUUUCAUAUCCUGGCAAACAGCAUGAUGCUCUUUAUCAGUCGGAUUACGACCACCCUGCAACGAAUAAAACCUGCACAGAGUGCGACAAUCGUCGAAUUGUGACCCGAUAUCCUCGACGAGACAACGACUCGCUGCAGGUCCAUUAUGGCUUGAUUGCUUCUGGAAACCAAGUCAUAAAGCAUGCACCAACCCGGGACAAACUUGCAAAACAGCUUGGAAUCCUGUGCUUUGAGAUGGAAGCAGCUGGAUUGAUGGACCAAGUGCCAUGUCUGGUUAUUCGUGGGAUUUCAGACUACUCAGACUCACAUAAGAAUACAGACUGGCAAGGAUAUGCAGCACUGACGGCUGCCGCCUAUGCCAAAGAGCUUUUAUCCGUCAUCAAUGGGCGACCGAGUACACGAGCUGAAGCACUACAAGUGAGCAAUCCAAAUACUAUAUUCUAUUCGCCUCAGGCAAAGCACCUAAUUUCGGGCGCAUACAACAAGCUCCGAAAGACUGUUGAAGCGAUGUACCCUGAAGAAUCAGUGGCAUUCUCUGACAUGUCGAUUGAGGACGUCGAUAACAAAGCGCGUGGUCUUGAGAGAGACCUGGCCAAGUCGGAGGCUAUUCGCAACAUGAGACCUAUCAUACCGCUUUUACGGAAGCUGCGAGAGUAUUCCGGUGCCAUCGACUGUUUAUGUGCUGGCACUCCUUAUCUAUCAUGGCUAUGGGCUCCAGUAUGGAUGCUGCUUCAAGUAAGCUCAAAAGAUCUCAACUCUCUGCCUCGACUGCUUGAAGCGUACAAGCAUGUUGCUGAGAUACUUCCUACCCCGACCAUGUUGAGCAACUGCCAAAGCUUUGCAGAGAGCCAGAAGGUUCUGGCUUUGAUAUACGUCGAUGUUCUUGAUUUCUAUCGGGGGCUAUUUAUGGUUUUCGAUAACAAAAAUUGGAUGCCCCUUUUCACGACAAACUGGAAGGAAUCCGAAGAUCGCCGGGAACUGAUUCUGAAAAACCUGGUCGAAGUCUGUGAAUGUAUGACCCAAGAAUUGGGGACUACAACGAUCAUUGACAUGAUGGACCGACGUGAAAGACGCCUCGAAGAGUGGAGAAAGGCCGAGCAAGCGCACACGCAAUCCCGGCUACAGUCAGUGUUAGCGUGGCUAGACGUCAAGGACGAACAAGAGGACGAACUCGAUCGCUUAUAUGGACUCCAGUAUGAGGGCUCCUGCAGUUGGGUAUUCGCAAACAACAAGAUACGGCGAUGGAGAGAAGCUGGAAGGGAGAAUCCGCUGGUAUGGUUGACAGGAAAACCAGGAGCAGGGAAAAGUGUUCUCUCGGCAUCUGUUAUCCAGACAUUGAAGCAGGAUUCAAGGACGGAAGUCCCAUACUACUUUUUCAGUUAUGAUGCACAAGGGUCGACGACGUUCAGCAGUUUUCUGAAAACACUAACGACACAGCUAAUCCGCGGCAACCCAAUCCGAUCAGCGUAUAUUUACAGCGAAUGCAUCCAGAAGGGCUUUUCGCCGUCCGUCCACAGAUUGAAACAGUUGGUUCACGUACUAUUCUCUACAGCCGCGGAAGCCAGAGUUGUGGUUGAUGGAGUAGAUGAGUUAGGGCAUGAGCAGCAAGAGGAGGUGCUGAAUUACCUUACUACAUUGACCAACGCUCAUCGUGCCAACCUGGGUUGCAAGGUCCUGAUAGCGAGCCGAGAUACAGCACUGAUUGCGGAACGAAUUGGGAAAUGCCAGAUAGUUCAUCUCAAAAGUGAGACUUCUGCUGUACAAAGCGCGAUCCAGGCAUUUGUUCGUCAUGAGUUGAGCGUCCUGCGUUCGAUCUUUGGCUGCCUUGAUACAGAUGAUGCGCUUGAAGGACUCGAAAGAGACCUGAUCGACAAAGCUGAUGGCAUGUUCCUCUGGGUGCGAUUGGUUUCGUCAUCACUGCGACAAGCGAGUACUCUAAUGGAACUUCGCGAGAUUGUCAACAAGCUUCCGAAGGGGCUGGAGAAGAUGUACCGACGAAUUGUGUAUCAAAUCCUGGAAAGCUCUUCGGAUUCACAAAGGGCUAUCAAGCUGAGGAUUCUCUUUUGGAUGGUUUAUGGGAGGAAGCCCCUGAAGAAAUACGAGACACUCAGUGGCGCCUCAAUUCACCGUCAAAAUGUAGAUUUUGGCGAACAGACCCGUCUACAGGACGCAGUAUUGAGGCAGUGCAAACCACUAGUGGAGGAGGGAAUGGGCGAUACCAUCAGAUUUGUACAUUUUACUGCACAUGAGUAUUUUGUUCGCGGGCCUGGGCUGAAGGUCGUACCUCCAGCUCAUGCACAUUUCGGGAUCUCAUUUGCCUGUCUGGCAUAUCUUACCGGUGGCUUGAGCCUCGUUGACCCCAAUGAAUCUCCUGCGGUUACGAACAAUCAAGUGGCAAGUGGAUUACAUAGUGUGAUUCGCUAUGCGUACGACAAUUGGCUGGACCACGUCCAAUUCUGUCUUGAGAAUUCGGAAAAAUUGGCUAGCGGACACUUGGACAUCUUACUAGCCCAAAUUCAGAAGCUCUAUCUCCGACAUUGUCAGCUUCAGAAGCCUGCGCAACCGACAACCCAUGUUUUUGCAUUUGCCAACCCUUUUCAACAUGCCGAGCUCGUAAAGCUACCAUUGAUCGCACAGUUUCUCCAGCAAGCCCUCAGCUUUUACCGGACAGUGGAGAAGAAAACAUUUACAAGUGGGGUUGAAGCAAACAGAUUCAGACUCGAGAACGAUCCAACAUUACUGAGUGAGAUGCUACAAGCGUAUUGCCGGACCAUGCAAACGUUGCUUACUGCGACAGAGGCCCAUGGUGUCAGCAAGGAGCAACUAACCAGAUUCAAACAACGGUUCGGCCACUUGGCCUAUAUGUGCCGCUUCAAUGGUUGCCGGUCUGCUUUUGGUUCACUGAGUGCUCUUGAAGAUCAUGAAUCAACCCGACAUACGGGAGGCAUCAGAUGCACAGAGGCUUCAUGUCCCUUUAGCCGAAUUGGUUUCCAAUCUUCAAAGGCGCUUAAGGUGCACCUCCGGACUUAUCAUAAGCCUGAGGAGACUCCGAAAGGCAUUCGCGUGAUAAGGAAGUGCCACAAGUGCAACAGGUGCUCCCAGAGAUUUCGCCUAAAGACUGAACUACAGAGACAUCAGGCAGGAACUGCAUGUGGCCAAAGUGAGGCACGGAGCGAUGACGAUUCACUCAGCUGGUUCGAGUCUCUCGAUGAGGGAGAGCUUCGUCCAUUCGAUACCGAGCGACCCGCUGUAUCGGACGGAGACCAGCCGAAUGAAUUGGAAGAUAGGUCACCUCUACCUCCAGCGAAUGCCUCACAGUUGAACCCAACAAUCGGCAUGCAGUUUAUAACCAAAGUCAUUGAUCGUCAUGUGCAGUCGCAGGGACCUUUCUCCGGUUGGCGAGCGGAGGUACUAGUGAGCGACCGGACAUACGAAGUGCAUUCAAUGACUGCUGGGCUUUGCGCUCUAAAGCCACGGGUGGGGCUGUGGAGCGCAGCAAAGGCCGGAUUGAACCUUGAGACAAAAAUUUUUCGGGAGGCUAAAUGCAAGGACGACUAUCACAGAGUCUGUGGAGAGAGGGUGCAUCACAUUCGAGCUCGGCUUCAGCAAGCGGAUGGGUCACAACCACAACAAACAACGACUGCUCGGAGCGAGCUGUCCAUCAGCCGCAAUGCAGGGGAUGCCCUGGAGAAUCAGGUGGGUAUGUCGAUAAUGCCUGAUUUGACCACAAGUCUCUGGUCGACUAUUCCGUUUGGCUUACCGGUGGAUGAGAAUGGCUUACUGGCUGAUGAGAGCGAUUGGGAUGGUCUACUUAAGUUUGGUUUACCAGAAACUCGUGGCUUACGAUAUCCACCUGAUGACUGGCGGAACUAUGUAGAUGACUAGAACUCGCGCCCCGCCAAUUCCCCCCAGCUUCCCAACGAAGCCCUUCCUGACUUGGAAACCGUUUUUGAUCCGACUCUCACCGAUAGAAGUCAUCCGGGCUCCAUACCAGCCUUCAACAGCUUCGUGACUGCUUCUGACCGGGAAAUGGCGCAGAUGGACGAUAUGGGGCUACAGUCUGGCCCAGGGCAUCUGUCCUCAAUUAGGACUUUUUCCGGCACUGGCCAUCGUGGCCGCAGUCGGCCUCGCAGGCGGCCCCCAACGCCUCCUCCGGCUCCCUCGCGUUUCAACGAAGUUUGCGAC